AUGAUGUUGACAGACACAGCGGUCAAGAAUGUUCUUUUCCGAGGUCUAUUUAAAUCGCCAGUGUUGGGUUUUCAACACUGUCGCUAUGUCUCUAUCUUGGGACAAUUGAAGCCAUCAGGUGGUUCUACAAAGUCUUUCAAAAGACUUGGCCGUGGUCCGUCUAGUGGUUUGGGUAAGACAUCUGGGCGUGGUCAAAAGGGUCAAAAGGCACGUGGUAAAGUGAAAUCGUGGUUUGAAGGUGGUCAAACCCCGAUUUAUAAGCUAUUCCCUAAAAUUGGGUUCACGAAUCCGAAUACCAGACCUUUAAAGGAACUAAACUUGGAACGUAUCCAAUGGUUUCAUGAUAAGAAUAGGCUGGACCUACAACCGGGUGAGGUUUUAGAUAUGAAUAAGAUGAAAAAACUUGGCUUGGUCACUGGUCCUAUAAAAAAUGGUGUUAAAAUUCUGGCUAGUGGGAAGUUCCUCUACAAUCUACCGAUCACUAUUGAGGCUUCGAGGGCAUCCGCAAAGGCUAUUGAUGCCAUUGAAAAAGCUGGAGGUAAGUUUACGGCACGUUAUUACACACCACUGAGUUUAAGAGCACAUCUCAAUCCCCAGUGGUUUUUAGAGAAAAGAGGAAGAUUACCCCUGCAGCCAAGACCUAUUAAAAGAAGGGACAUUGAUUUUUAUAGUAAAGAGGAAAAACGAGGCUAUUUGGUAAUGGAAAAGGACAAACUUUUGCAAGAUAUCAAGAAUGCUCAAAAGAAUGGUUCAAGACAUUUCCUGAAACAGAACUUAAGAAAGAGCGCAUUAGAACUGGAACUAGAAAAGCUGUCUCCAGAGCAUGCUUCCGUGCCCGUCAUAUCUAGUUCUAAGGUCAUGAAUAUCAAGGCUUUGAACCACUAG